CCUUCCCCAUCGAGAGCCGAGCGGGGCCGUGGCGGGAGCUGUUAGUUACAACCAUUUCAGAGUUUCCAAUAAAAACUCGCCAUUCUUGAAGUGCAAAGCCUGAAAAAUGAAACAGGUGUACAGUAGGGAUUCUUGUUGCCAGCACUGAUAUGGACAUAAGUUAUUAGAGAGUGUAGCAAAGCUAGCAACAGAAAUAACCUUUGGCUCUAUAGCACCGCUGUGCAUUAAUUGGUUAUGGCAACAAAGUUUUGCUUUUAAACCCAUCUGCUAAGGAAACCUUUCCAGAAAUGUGAGAUUAUAAUGCUACUUUUCUUAAGAAGUUGUGAGGCCUUAAUACAGUGUACACAGAUGAGAUGCUGAAAUAGGAGAGAGUCCAGUUCCUGAUGAUCAGUGGAGAUGAGGAAUCAGGAGACAUCAUGGCAGCCCAUCAGGAGAAAAAACUUGCUCAAGAAAGAAAACACAAACCCACCCAAAAUGAUAAUCAAACCUCUCAAGUGCAGUGGGGAAGAGCAUGGGAGGUGGACUGGUUUUCCUUGGCAAGCAUCCUUUUCCUGCUCCUGUUUGCCCCACUGAUUGUGUAUUACUUCAUCAUGUCCUGUGACCAGUACCAGUGCUCUCUGACUGAUCCCCUCAGGGACUUGCUCACAGGGAACAAACAUCUGUCUGACAUCUGGAACAAGACUCCCACGCUGACCUACAGGGCUGCUGGCAUCUAUUCCCUUUGGGUGGCUUUCCAGGUGGUUUUGUAUGUGUUUGUUCCUGAUUUCUGCCAUAAAUUUCUUCCUGGAUACGUGGGAGGUGUACAGGAAGGUGCUGUCACCCCUGCUGGUGUAGUGAAUAAAUAUGAAAUCAAUGGACUUCAGGCCUGGAUCAUUACCCAUGUGCUUUGGUUUGCAAAUGCCUAUUACUUCCACUUCUUCUCCCCUACCAUCAUUUUUGACAACUGGAUUCCUCUGCUGUGGUGUGCCAAUAUCCUGGGAUAUGCAGUUUCCACGUUUGCCAUGAUUAAAGGCUACUUCUUCCCUACCAAUGCCAAAGACUGCAAAUUCACUGGCAACUUCUUUUACGACUACAUGAUGGGCAUUGAAUUUAACCCUCGAAUAGGAAAGUGGUUUGAUUUCAAGCUCUUCUUCAAUGGGCGCCCUGGGAUUGUAGCCUGGACUCUAAUUAACCUUUCCUAUGCUGCCAAACAACAGGAGCUGUAUGGCCAAGUGACAAACUCCAUGAUCCUUGUCAAUGUCCUUCAGGGUAUUUAUGUUGUGGACUUCUUUUGGAAUGAAGCCUGGUAUUUGAAAACUAUUGAUAUCUGCCAUGAUCAUUUUGGAUGGUAUUUGGGCUGGGGAGACUGUGUUUGGCUGCCUUACCUCUAUACUCUGCAGGGUUUGUAUUUGGUUUACCACCCCGUCCAGCUGGGCACAGCCAACGCCGUGGGGGUGUUGAUGUUGGGCUUGAUUGGCUACUACAUCUUCCGAGCCACCAACCACCAGAAGGACCUUUUCCGUCGGACAGAUGGGAACUGCAGGAUCUGGGGGAAGAAACCCGAGUACAUCGAGUGCUCCUACAUGUCUGUGGAUGGCACCAAGUACUACAGCAAGUUGAUGACCUCGGGAUUUUGGGGGUGGGCUCGUCACUUCAACUACACAGGAGACCUGCUGGGCUCGCUGGCCUAUUGCCUGGCCUGUGGGUUUGCACACAUCUUGCCUUACUUCUACAUCAUUUAUAUGACCAUUCUGCUCAUCCACCGCUGCAUCAGGGACGAGCACCGUUGUUCCAGCAAAUAUGGGAAGGACUGGACACGCUACACCGCUGCGGUGCCCUACCGGCUCAUCCCUGGGGUGUUUUAAGGCUGACACAGAAUCCAGGGAAAAGAAAGAAGAAAGGGUUUUUGUUUUUUGGUUUUUUUUUUUUUUGAGGUGAAUGAGUUUGUUCACACAGGUAAACUAACACCAAGGUUUUGUGAAGGACAUUCUGUGCUGUUCUGAAGGAGAAAAUGCUGCUGGACAAUAAUCCUUGCUCUACUGAAGGAACUUACAGGCAAUGCUGUGCUUAAAGUAAAUGAAAUGAGGCACUGAAAUGCCCCGCUUUUU